AUGGCGGACAAGAGAGACAUCGACAACCCGGAGGCGUCGUCUCGCCCAUCGGGAACAUCGGCCGGUGACUACACUCCGGGAUCCUCGAUAUUUUCCGCGAGGCCUAUGGCAUCGACCCGGAGAACCUACGCCUCAGGAACCCUGGAUAUUCAACCGACCGAGUCGACCUCCGAAGUGCGCCACGACGAGGCCCAGGAUGAUUCCUCCACCCGCCAGUUCGCCUCCGCGUCUGCCGCCUCAGAUCGACCGAGAAAACCCUCGGUGACCCGACGCAUGUCGUCCCGAAGACAAGUUCCCCACAAGGGUCAGGAGUUCUCAACCGACGACGAUGUCAGGGAAGUUGAGCAGGACAUCGCUUCUCAGCAAGCUUCCACUACCCAGCCGUCUCCCAGGCUUCGUCCCUUGCGUGCACAGAGCUCUACACUCAGGAAACGGCCGAGUGCACGACCAAGCCCGCUGACACGAGCGGAGUCGGAUAACCUCAGCGGAGAUGAUACCGGCCUCCCAGCCCCAGGCAUGGAUGCCUCGUUCGAAAUUCCCUCGCUACGGGAGUCGGAUGGAGAAGAUGAUGAAGACGCGAGUGCCGAUGAUUCGCAUGACACAGACGAUGAAGACGCCGCAAGUGACGCCGAGAGCUUCACGCUGAAGGACCGACAGCAAGCUAUCAACGAGACCCAUCCGUUUGGUAUUAGGAUCUGGAAGCCCGCAUUGUACAAAAAAAGCCGCUCGGUGGAGAAGACCGCCGAAGGGGAUAUUCACUCGUCCCCCGGUGGUCGUGUCAGCCCCCUCCUCUUUCUGACGAAUAUUCUCUGGUCCCUGUUCUUCGGAUGGUGGUUAGCACUUGUUGCGUUGCUGGCUGCAAUUGCAUGCUUCCUAUUCGCAUAUUCCUCCAGUGCUGUGGCAUAUGGCAGGGUCUUUGCGGGACUCUCGCGCUAUCUGUUGUACCCGUUUGGCUCUUUUGUUCUCUUGGAGACUGACGAGCACUACGCGGAAGAAGAUGAAGGCGAAGGACGUAGUAUAAGCGAAUAUGAGCAGUGGCAGAAUGGCGACUUGGAACAUGGACGCCUCUUCUUUGGCCCGCGCAGGGACCGGUCCCUUGUGGGUCGCCGCCGAAACAGCGUUGAUUCUGCUGGCGAACAAGACAGUCUUCUGGGCCGAACGCAGCGAGGGCAGCGCGAUGACUCUCAAUUCACGCAUUCCAAGCGCCGCCUAUUUGGCCGAGGGGAGUGGACUAUGGGUCGUGUCGUCUUCUUCAUCUUCUUCUAUUUCCUCGUGGGUCCAUUGAUGUUGAUGGUUUCGCUCGUCUGCUGGCUUCUUGUUUUCUGGAUUCCGAUGGGCCGGGUGACGACCAUUUUGGUGAGCCAUCUGCGACGCCACCCUCUCGCUUUAUCGUUCCAUUCCGACACGUCCUAUUCUAGAAUCAGUUCGGGUUCUUCAUCACCAUCUAUCCUCCUUUGCACAUACCGGGCCGCUGGAACAAGAUAUUGGAAAUACACCAUCGACGGAACAAACAUCUUCUUCAUCAAUCUGCUUGGUGUUGUCGUCUUCGUGAUCGCCGACUACUACCUGCUGAGUAAAUUCUUGGGUCUGCAGUCCUGGCUGACGCACCCCGGAUUAAUCUUCACACUUGCGCUUUUCUCCGUUAUCCCUCUUGCAUAUUUCAUCGGACAGGCAGUGGCUUCGAUCUCGGCCCAAUCCUCAAUGGGUCUAGGCGCCGCAAUCAACGCCUUCUUUUCGACGGUAGUGGAAGUGUAUCUCUACUGUGUUGCCCUGACCGAGGGCAAGGCGCAACUUGUGGAAGGCAGUAUCAUUGGCAGUAUAUUCGCUGGUAUUUUGUUCUUGCCCGGGCUGUCCAUGUGCUUUGGCGCCAUCAAGCGCAAAACGCAACGAUUCAAUGUGAAGUCUGCCGGUGUGACAUCGACUAUGUUGCUAUUUGCUGUCAUUGCUGCUUUUGGACCGACUCUUUUCUACCAAGUUUACGGCAGUCACGAAUUGAACUGCCAUUCAUGUGCCGGUUCACUUGCAGAAAACAGAGACUGUCGCCAAUGCUACUUCUCCCAAACCGCCGCAGUCCAAGAUGAUUUUUUCCAGAAGGCUGUCCAACCCUAUGCAUGGUUUGCUGCCCUGCUACUAUUUCUGUCGUACGUCAUUGGCCUUUGGUUCACUCUCAGAACCCAUGCUGCCUUGAUUUGGGCAACGGAGAUGGAGGAGAAGAAAGCGGCUCAGGCGGCUCAGGCUGCCCAGGCUGCUCCAGAAUCGUUUCUCUACGAGCCAAGACAUUUGCUUUUCUCGGGUGCAGCUCCUGAAGUGUCCGGUCCUGCAUCAGGCUCUAAGGAUUCUAUACGCGAAUCCCAUCUUUACAAACGCAUUCUAGGCCAGUCACUUAAACACUACGGCUUGGAUGACGGGAAUACCACAGGCAACUGGGAACAAACAGAAAGUGGCGCCGGUUCAUCCUCGACUGACCCUAGGGGUAACUCACCGUAUCUGGUGCCUCCUCGAACUGCGGAUAACGAUGGUUGUCCCGUUCCCAAGGCCAUUCGAGGCCUGACUGGCGACGACAAUGAACGUCUUGUUCGUCAAGUCACCGAGGUCGCGGCUACGGCGGCGGCAGUGGCUGCUCGUGAUGCCACUCGCAAUCGGAAACUUUCAACUCAGCAAACUGCUGGCCGCCAGGCUGGUCGUGCUUUGGCGGAUCAAACAAAGCCCCCUGGCGAUGAGCCCGAGACUACUGCUCUUGUUGCCGAGUCUCACGCCAGCGGCGGUCAUGAUGCACCAAAUUGGAGUAAAGUGAAAAGUUCCAUUAUUCUCCUUGGCGCGACAAUCCUCUAUGCUAUUAUCGCCGAGAUCUUGGUCAACACGGUCGACGUGGUUUUGGAGAGUGUGGAUAUUAAUGAGAAGUUCCUGGGUAUAACUCUCUUCGCUCUGGUGCCCAACACGACUGAGUUCCUCAACGCUAUUUCAUUCGCCAUGAACGGCAAUAUCGCCUUGUCCAUGGAAAUUGGUUCCGCGUACGCAUUGCAAGUCUGCCUGCUACAAGUUCCUGCCCUCGUCCUCUUCAGCGCUCUGUACACCCAGUCCAUUGACACGGCUGCACUCGCGAGCCAUUCCUUCAAUCUCAUCUUCCCACAGUGGGAUAUGAUCACAGUGAUUCUCUGUGUCUUCUUGUUAUCGUAUGUAUACGGCGAAGGGAAGAGCAACUAUUUCAAGGGCUCAAUUCUCGUCUUGACCUACAUCGUCGUCGUUAGCGGGUUCUACAUGUCGGGAUACAGCAACAUGGAUAAUAUGGGCGUGGAUCGUUUCGAUACUCUUGCUCUAGGAUCCUCAUCCAUGAACUUGCAGUCGAAGACUUUCCACACCGUUGGCAAGUCCCGGGCUGGGAGGGCUUACUAG